AUUCAUCACAGCAUUUGAAGCAUGAUGACAGCUCCAAACAUUGCUUUGUAUUUCACAUGUCUGCUUGUGGCGAAUACGGCUGCUGGGACAGCUUUAAAACAAUCAUCAUUACAGUUUGAAUCAGCUAAUGUUGGAGCUACUCUGACUUUGCCGUGCUUCUGUCAAGAUGAUGCAGCAGUGAUGUUUUACUGGUACAAACAAACUGUGGGACAGCAACCAAAGCUGGUGUCUACAUUCUACAGGCACAAUGACAACGGUACCUUUCAUGGUGACUUUAAGAAUCCACGUUUCUCCCUGGAUACUGAAAACGGCAAAUAUCACUUGAAGAUAUCAUAUUUGCAAAUUUCAGACUCAGCUACUUACUACUGCGUAGGGAGUAAUUUAUAUGACUUUGAAUUUUGCGAGGGCAUUACUGUCAACGUGGAGGGUUCAGGUUUGAACAUCCCAGCUUCGGUCCAUCAGUCAGCAUCUGAGAGCAUCCAGCCAGGAGGCUCUGUGACUCUGAACUGUACAGUACACACUGGGACCUGUGAUGGAGAACACAGUGUUUACUGGUUCAAAACCUCUGAAGAAUCUCAUCCAGGACUCAUUUACACCCAUGGAGACAGGAAUGAUCAGUGUGAGAGGAAACCCGACACACAAACACACACCUGUGUGUACAACUUGCCAAUGAAUCUUUCUCAUGCUGGGACCUACUACUGUGCUGUUGCCUCAUGUGGACACAUACUGUUUGGAAAUGGGACAAAGCUGGACAUUGAAGAUGAGGUGAACUCUCCUGUCUUGGUGUAUUUCUUGAGUGGAGCUUUGGCAUUCACCACCAUCCUGGUUGUUUUACUGACUGUCUCAGUGUACAAGAUGAACAAAAGAAACUGCCAAUGUACAGGUAACUGGUACUCUUUGAAGCUGACAAGUAUCGAGUUCAUAACGUAUUUGAGUGAAUUGACUUUCAUUUUGUGUACAUUUUCAGCGGCCUCUACUGCGAAUACUGAGUUAAAUCAAGAUGCAGAGAACCUCCAUUACGCUGCUUUAAGGAAUCAUAAGGCCAACAGAUCCAGACGACAGAGAGACAACACUAUGAGUGAAUGCGUGUACUCCAGCGUGAAGCAGUAGAGCUGGACAUGUUUCAGUUUCUGUGUAACAAGGCAUUUUUCAUUAGGGUCAUUUGAUAUUGAACACGUCAAGAUGAUUUCACCAAAUUCAAUGAAUAUAUCUGCUUGCCUUGCAAUAAACUAACUCUUCCACUGAAAAAA